GUGUGUGUGUCUCUCCCCCCCCCAUGGUGUGUUUCUGCUUGCUGAGUGCUGGCCCCUCUCUGCCUCCCCUCCCAUGCCCCUUGGACAGACCACACAGCUCCUGUAUUUGCCCCCAGGCUGUGCUCCUGACCCCCCCCAUCUCUGUCUCUCUGUGUGUCACUCUGUGUGUGCUGGCUGAAGGGGUGACCGGCGCCCAGCGCCCAGCCAGCGCCCACCCUCCUCGCCGGUGAUGGAGCCGGACCCGGGCGGGGAAGGGGUGCGAGCCGAGCCCGAGGAGUCCUCCGCGUCCGGAUCGUCUUCCUCGGAGCUGCCCGCGUCCUCCGAGGCUCCGCUGUCUCCACGCCAACAUCAUCACCACCACCACCAUCACCACCAUCACCAUCACCACCAUCCGCACAAAACCUUCACCGGCCUCAAGCUUUUCGGCAGAAGAAUCCGUCUGCCGCCAAAGGGAGUAAUUCCUUAUCUGAUGGGCAUGCGGCAAGGCCGCCGAGGGUCCAGGAAGAUAAAGCGCAGGUCCGCCGUGUAUAAGUCAAGUAUUUCCCAUAAAACAAUCUUUAACCUGACUGUCUCUCAUGAUCUGUGUGCAAUGAUGAAGGACAACAAAUGCUGA